UCUAGAACCUUGGCCUUUUCUCAAAACAUACUUCUAUAAGUAAAAUCUAACUUUAAACAAGCCCAUUUCCACAGUACUAAGUCCAAAUUAGAACAUGACCACAAACACACAAACACAACUUUCACAGCAAGCCACAAAGCAAGGGCCAAAUGAUCUCUCAGGUGGGUCCUUCAACAAGCUUAGGGUCCCCAGCAUUCUGAUUCCAUCUCCAUUUCAGGGCCUGGGGCACCAGUGUGGGGCAAUGUUCCCUGAAACACCCAUCACCGUCAAUGUAAUAGUAGAGCUGGCUUGCCGCUCCUGCCAAAAAGUUUCAGACACUAGCUGCUGGUCCUGGAGCAUAGAUCAAAGGAAAAACAAACCGUAUUUUCUUUUUAAACAGGGUGAAACCCUUCAUCUUUACUGACAGUACCUCUAAAAACAUUUCAAAACACGUUAGGGCUGUCAUGUGGACCAAGUCUAAUUAAUGUAGCACCAUGGAUUUUGGCAGUCGGCGUCUUCAAACUUCAGAAUCAGGUUUGAAACAUCAUGGGCUAUGAAACGAAAGACGUGAGGCCAGAAAUGACCAUCCAACUUCAAGAAUGUGUUCAGAGGUGGGGCAGGGAGGCUCCCUGGGCUGGGAACUCCGGCCUCCUUGGAACACACACCAGAUUUCCUCUAGAACAGUUUUUGUAUCUUUCCAUUUUGCAAGAACAAGGGGCUUGCUCAACAUUCCUCCUGCAAUCUCCAAGCUCGCUGCUGGCGUGGUGGCUGAGCUGCCUCCAGGAAAGGCAGCCAGCGAGGCUACGGAGCAACUGUGCGCAGGGGUCUGGACUACUCAGACCAGGCAGCAGUUUGUUCCAAGUUCCUGAGAAGCCCAGUCCCUGGUCCUUCCCCGCCCCCGCCCAGCACCUGACAUUAGAUGCUCACACACACGUGAGCAGCUUCUCCUGUUACCAGAACUCAGGUCAGGCAGUGGAGGUGGCGGGCUCCGGGCAAGAAGGCCGAAGUUUAAAUCCCAGUUCUGCCUCUUACAAGCUGUGCCAAAGUCACUUUACUUCUCUGUACCUCAGUUUCCCCCUCAUAUGCUUGAUGGAAUGGUCAAAAGGAUUGACAGGACACUGGCAGCCAUGUCUAACAGCAAGCAUGAGGAGCGUCUGCUUUAAGGACGAACAGGCACGUGAAGUGGUAUUUAGAUUUUUCUCGGAAACUAAUCUCUACACACUAAUCGUGGUGUUCAAAGGGUAUUUUGCAAGACUGUUAAAACCCGCGAUGUUCCCGAAGAGCGCUUUACGUUCGUUGCCAGGUAAUCUUUCCGGAGUCUUGGCCAAGCUCCCCUCAGUGCCGGUGAUAUCCGACCCCUGGCGGCCCAAACAGAGUCACCUGAGGAGCCAGGUCUCACCCCAAGCCCUGGAAAUCGGAAAGUCUGGGGGUGGGAGCCAGACGUCGUUUUUGUUUGUUCGUUCGUUUGCUCGUUUGGGGUUCCGUUUGGUUGUAAAUCCAAGUGAUUCUAAUUUGCACCAAAGUUGGGGAGCCAGGGCUUGCCGCCCUAACGCUCCCCCACCCGGCGGACGCGCUCAGCACCGAACCCCACUCCCUGCGCCAGUGACAUCAGCGGCAAGUACAGACCUGACUCUUGGAACCCCGGCUGCUCGGUUUUGAAAUUGUGCAAUUAAACCUUCUGAGACAUGUUUCUCGUGUCAAGUGGGUUUAUGGUCGGUAGUCACGAAGCCAGGCUCGCUCACGGUCGCUCCGGACACUUGGCACAAGUGAACCACGGACACCAAUCCGGUGUUUCUUUCCUUUUCUUUUCUUUUUAAUUAAGUUUAACAUUUUGAUUGGCCCAAUGUCAAAUUCUUCAAAAAGCUUUAAAAAAAAAAAAAACACGUCCCAAAGGGAGAAUCUCGGGAUUCUGACGCGGAAAGUUGGCUGUGGGCCCUGUUUGGGAAACCUGUGGGGCCCUGGCCCGAAGAAGUUGGGCGCCAGGACCCAGGUGUCCGGCUGCAGCCGGUCGCCCCGCUCUGUCCGGCUCCACCCCGAAGCCUACAGACUUGACCAACGGGCUGCAGGACGACCCCUGAGUCCCCUGAAGCCCAUUCGCCCCUGGAUGAAGACGGCUCUGAAGAUUGUGCAGGCGGUGUGCUUGGCUUCCCCCACGUGAUCCAAACAAGGUUACAUGCAACAAAGCAGCCUGUGAAGAAACACAGCUACAGAAGUAACACACAUCAGAGAAGGGUAACCCAGAAACACAGCAGGGGGACAUAGCACGAAGCUAGGGGUGAGUCUUAUCAUGGAUUCCAUGCAUUUGCCCAACAAGGCCGCAAAUCUGGCCCCACAGCCUUCUGUCAAGGAAAUCCCAUGGGUGACACAAACCACAUUGUCCGUGUGUUACAACCCCAGUCAAUUGAAGCUACAGCUAAUUUUUAAGAUUGCGUAGGAAUUUCACCUAUGAGUCCCCUAGGAGAAGACGCUGUGGGAAGCCCUAAGGUUCUCAGUAACCACCCUUUCAUAACAGACAGCAACAACCUUCGCAGCGCUGUUGGUAUCAUCACAUCCUUCCAUAGGUCUGAUGCCACCCCAGGAAGCAGAGCUGUGUGAAAACUAUCACUGGAGGAGGUGGAGCAUCGAUCGCUUCAGACACAGACCCACCUUGGCCGGAUCCAUCCUCCUGGGACACCUUUGUAAGGCUUGGAUUUCUCCUUUGAGCUGGUGACGAAAGGGGUGACAUUCAGGAUGACUGGUACUCUUUGGCAGGUCACGGAGUAUACGGAUAACUGUGGUGCUUGUUAGGUACAAAACUCUGUGAUCAAGCUGGAGGAAAUGACAUCUUGAGCACAUGGAGCUUUGCCCAGACUGGGCUCUGCAUAGAUGCUGUUCGGGAACGCAGUCUCUCUCUGCAGAGUGAUCCCGGGUCACAUCCUGGGCACUGGCACCACCUCAGGAACAGUUGGAGCAGCCUGACUCCAUGCCACUAAGUACUGACCACCUAUGAGCUGGGUUACACUUUCGUCUGCCUCUUAGAGCAAGAUGAAGCCAUGGAUUGGAACGGUCACCCACGUAACCUGCCAAGGGUUGCCAGACCGUGCUUGCUAGUCACAAGGCCAGCCUUGAACCCAAAUCCCAGCCAUGUUCUUUACCCCUCAUCCCCAAAACGUUUCCAAGCCUGAGACAAACAGAGACUUCAGGACCCCAAAUUCGAUUUCAGAAUAUCUGGAAACUUUCUAGAGAAGGUACAACCAAAAUUUCUGCUUGGCCAAAUGGUUCCUGAAUAAAGCAUCCAAGGAACCAUUUUAACCAGGACAUACUUGAGGCUCUUGUAUUUCCAAUAGUAAAUCUCAUAUCCUCAAUUUUCCUAACAUGCGCUGUCCAUUCUCUAUAAGUAGGAGUUAGAGCCUUUCUAGAAGGAGCAUGGGGGUGAGUCCCCCAAAGAUGAGGAGUACAGAACCCUGUGACAGGGUGAAGACAGCAGGCCUUCAAAUGCCUUAAGUUCUAUCUUAGGCGAAAGGCAUUUGACCACCUGUUUUCUUUGGCCUUUGAGGUCAAAGCAAGAAUUGAUGAGGAAACACAUCAAAGUGGUAGAUUUCCGAGUUGGAAAAAUGAUCUUUCAUGCAGUAGUAGAGCUGUCUAAAAGUGGAUGAGCUGCCUCCGAGUGGAAUGGGCUUCUCCAUCCUUAGAAAGACGAGUGUGCAGGAGCAGCACGAAGGGAGGCUGUGGAUGAAGGACUGAACCAGGUCCCUUCCAACCCUAAAAUUCUAUGAGAACAUGCAUUUAUAAAACAGGCUUCCAUUUCAAUGUACCCACGCUCCACAGCUCUUCUAGAGAUAUUUAAGAAGACACAAAAACGUGGUAAGAGGGUUGCCACUGAGGAAAACUGGGUAGCUGGGGGUCAGGCAAUGGAGGGAGAUUUAUAUUUCAACUGUCGGUCCUUUUCUACCUCUAUGGGCAGACAUCACCUGUUUCUGUAAGGGAAGGGCCAGUGACCUCAGUAGGUCCCUGGCUGAGGUUCCUGGGCAUUUCUGAAGCGGGCUUUCCUGGUUUCCUCAGCCCUUUUGUCUCUCCCUUUGAGUCAAGUUAUUUGCGCUUGACUCCGAGUUGAGACCUAUCUCUGGCAGAGUAUGGAAGAAGCAGCUUCUUUGGGGGAGGGGGGGUAAUAUGCUGGCGCAAAACUGCUGAGGCCUUCAUUUGUCAUUAGUACUCUUAUUAGUAUAACAUUUCCUUAGUAUUCAUUAUCUCUAGGGCUGAGGGUUCUGAGAUGCCUAAAAAGCAGGACCGCAUUUUUGAAUGUUGGUUCUGGUACUGUGGUGUGUGAAACACUUUGCACAGGGAUUUUGUAGGAACUUUGUGGACCCUGCACAACGCUUUGCCCAUGUUGGAGGCUGAAAACUGAGUUUGAAUAACUUUGUCCAAGGGCUCACUACUCAUCUUGGGGGUAGUUCUAAUUAGCAACAUUAGCCUCAAGAUGGCUACUGGCGGCCUGCAGACCAAGUUCAGGACACAGAUGUGGUUUUGUGGGGCCCAUUCAAAGUUUCUUUUAAUUGAAUUAGUGGCAACAUUUAAAAAUCAAGAGAUUUCAUAUUUAUAAUGUGGACUCUUGUGUUUGUCUUCACAAAUGGGAACUGCUGGCCAACUGGGUCUGCUUUCAUGCAAGAUGGCAAUUGGGUGAGUGAUAACUGUCCCCUUCCAAAAGAACAGUAAGGCUCCAGCUCACCACCUAACGUGAUUCAACAGUUUGUGGGAACAGUGUGGCUGCUGUAGACAAUAAAGCUUGCAGCCUCACCCAUCCUGGUUCACUUAAUAAUGAAUAUUCAUCAUGAAUAUUCAUACUCAUGAAUAUUCAUAUUCAUGAUGAAUAUUGAUUUAUCCUUCAUAUACGUAUAGUUCUCAUCAUUUUUAUAUGCCUAUAGAAUGUCAGCCAUAAUAAUGACAUAAUCAUGACUUGUGAUAAACAUUUGUGUUUUUAUAUGAUUCCACAUUGAAAUAUGCUAAUUUGAAGCAUGCUCUAUCAUGGUAUAGAAUGUGCUGUGUAUGACCUCUCGACCAAAACCUAUCAACAAAUACAUAUGCACACAUGGUUCUCAUCUCUACUUUUCCUCUUGCUUUUAUCUUCCUUUCUCUAGCUGACUCAUUCUUGCUCAUCUUGUGUGUGUCCAAUUGAACAGGAAAUCAGAAAUUAUAGUUGUUAACUUUGUAGAACUGAGCUGCAAGAAACCUGAGUCAUUGUAACGUAGAUGGGGGAGAGACCUCAGGGAUAGGGCCCUGACAUGUUACAGGUAAUCGGUUAAGUACCUGGUCCAAAUGAAUUGUUUCACGAAGAGAGAAAGGAACAAUAAAUAAUACUUUGUUAACAAAAUAAAACGCAUAAGAGUUUUCAGGGUUGUUGGUGAGUGUGUGAGUGUAUGUGUGAGUGUAAGAAUAUAGGAAACUUUCCAUUCUUCCUUAACUUGAAUCUCAUUGAUUGAUUGCUCAACACCACCCCAAAACAGGAUGUUUUGCUAUUUUACUACAAAAAUACACGGCAAACAUAACUAGACUUCUCAGUGCUAGUGUUUAGGGAAACGACUGUAUCAUUGGCGAUGAGAGAGUUGCUCUGACUGCGGUGUUUUGUUUUGUCACGUGGUAAGAUUAUUUGGUAAGUGUGUGCUGCCUUGCUGCCUAGUGAUCUUGCUUGAGACCUGUGAACUGUAGCCCAGGGGAGAGAUGUAGUGUGUGUCUGGCUCCUGCUACCCCCGUGGGAGGAUGCUACUUUCUGGUCCCCGGGAAACCAGCCUUGGACGUGUGCAGUGUUCAUGCAGGGACUCAUGUCGCUUCCAGGCAGAGGCUCACAGGAGCGGGGCCCGCUCCCCCUUGACGCCGUUCCUUCUAUCUUGUUGGCUGGUCGUGAGAGUGGCUUCCUCCUCAGCCUGGGCCUGGAGUGAGGAUGACAGGGAGCAGACCCUUCAGCGGGACACGUAGGUGACAUCUGUGUGAUGGACAUGAAGAGUGAGAGGAACACCCCUUUGUUAGGCUACUGGGAUUUUCAGGGUGUUUCUUGCUCCAUCAUACCCGCGCAUACCUUAACUUAUACAAGAAGUUAUGCAACCCCUAGCUAAAUAGUUAAACGAAUAUUUUAUGAAUACUUCAUAUUGAAUUAUUUUAUGUUUGAUAUAUAAGCAUUCACACAUUAUUUCUGUAACAUACACAUAUCUGUAUUACCUAUAUGUUACGCAUGUGCACACACACACACACACACACACACACACACAUUUGGAGGGGCAGGGCAUGGAGUAACCAAAUGAAAAGAGACCUAAAAAUUGCCAUUAACUAAAUGUGACUUUGAGCAUGUGACUUUCAGUCUUUCUACCCCAAAAGCCUUGAUUUUUGCCCUCUGUAAAUUGUCACAGAUGCUUGCCACACAGGGUAUGUUAUGACUUGAAACAAUGUAGGGAAAGCACCUAGCACAUAGCACUUGACAAAAACUACUGCGUUCGUGUGGGUUUGGGAGCUGUGGUUGUGUGUGACAUUGUCACCUGGCCCUGGACGUGGCCUAAGCCUCCGGGUGCAGACAGCGCAGCAAAGCACGAUUCUUUGGCUCAGCCCCGAGCCCCAGCAGCCGAGUGCAGCCUGUCAGGUUUAUCUUUCAGUUAGUUUUCACGGGCAUAUGAACAAUCUCAACAUGGAAUCAGUCAUUAAACAAUUAAAAAAAGAAGACCCCUUCAGCCUCUCCACCGCACCAGUUAGCAACACUGAUUUCUCGCUGAGAUUUCUAAUUAUAAGCUUUGAGGGCCUGCGUUGUUUCUUACCUUCAAAAGAACUGCUAUUUGUUGUAGCAGCUGCAAGGGAAAAAGAGCGGUGAAUGUCCCCAAACGGGCUGGCACCCGCAGUCCUGCCCACGCAGCCUGCAGAUGGGCUCGCUAAUAGGGGCCGCGCGAUGUGUGCCAUCCGCUGGCACUUUUGGCGCCCGGCUGGAGGGGCUUGCACAGCCAGCACCUCCGGACAAUAGCUCCCCGCCCCCCAGUGCCUGUCGCCAAAGGUCGCUUUGAAUCCUGUUCCCUUCACGUGGGUGGGGGUGGGGAGAAGUCCAGGCUGAUGUUGGGGUCUCAGAGCAGCUGCGAAGGUGAACGCAAGGUUUUGAGACAGCUCAGUGCUCCGCCGGCCUUGGCAGAAGCUGGAGGCAGGCGCUCAGGGCGGCCCCAGGGCCUCCCGUCCGCAGGCGCUUGGCCCUGGGGGUGCGGGUGCCGGUUAGUGUCUCCCGAGCCUGCGGGGCGGCGGCGCUGCGCCGGGGUCUGCGCCGGGGGGGCCGGGGGUGGUGAAGCGGCUCCUUCUGACUUGGCCAGGGCUCCUCGCAGGACCCUUUACCGUGAUUUUGCUAAUAAGGAUUGGUUGGUUUUUUACUCUUUUUGCCCCCUUCCCCGAACGUUUUUGUGUUUCUUUUUAAACUUUUACUUUUAAAUGUGGAUUUGAAAGCACCUCUGGUGGGGAGCAUUGAGUUCUCCCUGAUUUCCGCAGGACACCGGAGCGAGUAUUGGUGACUUUUCUGAGAUCUGGAGAUGUUUCUAAAGUUUGAUUUUCACGUCGUUGUUAGAUUUCCUGCAGCGUCUCUGCCCAGCACCUGCCCCAGAACAGGGGACCCACUGGUAACCAGCCCUUUGAGCUCGCAGCCCCCUAUGUGGUCCUGACCCUCCCCACCCAGGUCCAGGUCACAUCCUGAGGUGCGGGUCCCUAAACGUGUCGUUUGUGCAGUAAACUCCUCAGUCGUGGAACUUGCACGCGUAAACUUUGCUGGGCGCUGCUCCCCGUUGUUCAAUCCCCGCGUCGUUAGAACAAGUGCCCAGCAUGUAUUCUGGAGGGUGGAGGGCCGCCCGCGACGUAGAUAUUCUAUUAUAGGGUACGUGCUCUCAGAAUAGUGGCGGAAGGAGCACACAGAUCAAUGCAUUUUAAAUGAGAUGGUGCGAGGGGGGCUCACUGGCCAUUGGCAGGUGAGUGCAUGAGGAGAGGCAGUGAGUGGGCAGGGCCUGGAGGAGGAGGCGUCAGGUACCCACGGGAAGCCUGUUCACACAGGGAACAUGGAGGCCAGGGUGGCUUGAAUGCAGUGGGGAGUGGGACAGGGGCCGGGGU